UAAACUAGCCUGUACAACUGCUGAAACCCGAUUUUUUCGUGGCAGAGCGCGUUAUGUGACACCAACUGCAACUCCUUCGAUAUGCGCAUGCAGAUGCGCAGCUCUGGGUUCUGUCUCCCUCUUCAUCAUCCUUCAGUUCGCCUGAAUCUCGACGAGAUGUUCUGCAGUUUUUGGGGCGCUCAGAAAGCCUCCCGAAUAUACCAAACCCGCAUAAUCAGCAUGGUGGCUUGAGGCAAAAGCAGAUCAAGAAAAUCGGUCCGUGGAUCGCGCAUCUGUCCUGUGGAGGCCCCGGCUUGAGCAUGCCCAGUGCCUGCGUCGAGCACAUUUCCCAGCGACCCCCAAAACCGUCCAGUUCGUUCCCAGUCAAACGAAGGAGAUCGAACUCUCAGCGGGUCCUGUGAAAUAGCUUGGCAGGUUUCUAGUCUCUUCGUUCGCGAGCCAUUCGUCUGCGUGUCUGUCGCCUGUGACUUCUGCGGCACAACCUACACGUGGAUUUCUUGGAAAAAAGUCACUUGAGUUGGUGAGUGAAGACAUUCUGUAUCGAAACGACCACCACCCGAAGCGUACGAUGUAAAGGCAGCCCGAAAAUCGAGUGUGAAAACAUUUUCUUCGUCCCCGCCUGCAACGCUGAGGUGCUCGGAUACCUCGUUGCGGUUUGCGCGUUUACCGUUCGCCGUCACCAGCAACUAGUCUCACACUACGGCCGAAAUAUAACAGACGCCUUACCGACAAUGAGGAAGAAAGGGGUAGACACGGCGAUUGCUUCUGGUGAAACGAAACCGGAGUCUUGCUGGCAACUCUCCUCAGGAGCUUCUCAAAACACUUCGGGGUGUGAAGUACGAGCCGACUGGUGGAGGUCUGACAUGUGGAAGCCGCCAGCAGCUAAUGGUGGAGACUCGCAGGAGGAGCGCGCCCUCCGAAAUGUUGACGCCUUGCUUCACGCGUUGGAUGAGGAUUAUCUACGUACUUUUCGUUUGGGUGGAGUUAUUCAAAGCGGUGGGGGGAAGGAGCAGUACACGGUAUCUGCGAGUGAGACUUCGCCUGGAAUCCUUGAUGAGUCGCUUCCAGAUGAAGACCUCAGAGACUUACUCCCGUCGUCCCGAGACACCGGAAAACUUUCUGGGCGACCCGUCUCAACACGCCGGGAAGUUUUGAGUGAGGAGUUUCAGGAGGAACUCGACUCCGUGCCUUGCCCGCCUGGUGAGGAGGAUCCACGGGCGGAUACACGCCCACGUGAACCAGUAGCCUUUUCAAACGGAGUAUCUCCAUCAGAAACCCCAGAUGCCGGUAGCUUUGAAAAUUGCCUCUGCAUUCCGGAUCCUCCUCGAGACUGGCUAAACACGCAAAACCCCCAAAACAUCAGCGUGUCUGAGGUCGACGAAGUGGACAAGGACCGAAGGGAUGACAUUUUCGGUAUAUUGAGAGAAGAGGAGAGCGACAGAAAAAGCGAUUUCGAGCGAACCUGGUACCAGGGCCUUCCGUCCUCACCCUCGGGUUCUGAAUCCCCGUCGUCUUCCCGGUCGGAGUCUGAAGAAGACGCGGAGGAAGCGCGGGUGUUCUACCAGGUUUUGACUUCAGAUGUACCUUCGCCGUGCGGUGACAGUAGCGGAAAGGCCGACAUGUGCUGGGACCAUCGGUUCGACUUGUCGGGCUCCGAAGAUGAAGAGGGAAGAACAAGCGAUUGCUCAGAUGCGAAAGAAGAUGUAGGAGCUGGCGUCUCCAUAACUGCGGACACUCACCUUAGGGAAACUGUCACGGAAGGUUACCCCUCAGUUUCAUCUUCCUCUCAUGUCAACUCUAGCAAUGAAAGAUGUGCGCAAAACCUACCCGGUGGCUCCAGGUGUCAGCUGAAAUCGGGGAAAAACAAAAAGAAAGGAAGUCAGGGUUUUUCUUCACCAGACAACCAAAAGAGCCACAGAGCGCCCGAGCAUCAGCGAAAUCCCAUGGAUUCCUCGCAGGAAUCUUUCCGUCCCUCUUCAGAUUCGCGAUUGCCGAACCCAGGCAAUGCGUUGGACCCUGGUUAUGGGGGUGUGGAGCCUGUCGAAAACGUUGACAGUUCUGUGGCAGUCUGGAACGCAGGGAACUGCGUGGUCGUUCCAGCAUCAGAGACCUCUGUGGGAGACGAAGCUUCCGCAGAACCGAGAGGAAACCAAGCCCCGAGUGAAGACGCGUCUGCUGCAACAGACGAUAGUACGCGCCCUGCUGAUAUGAGCAUUGACAUUCGUAUGCUGGAUUGACUGUUUUGGGUGCCUGCAACUCGAGAUGCGCC